GGAUGAAGGGCGAGGCCGAAGGCUGCGGAUUCCCGGCGGGAUCCGGGGUCAAGGUGUUCCUGCACUGGAGCGGGGAUGAGGAACGGGAAAAAUUCCGGAUUUAUUCCCAAGGAUCGCUGAGCGCCGAGGAAAUCUGCAUCGAUCUGGCCCGAAGGAUCGGAAUUUCGCCGCUGUGCUGCAGCCUGUUCGCGCUGUACCAACCUCAGAGCCGGAUGUGGCUCCCGCCCAACCACCAAUUCCACAUCGGGAAGGAAACCAACGUCUGCCUGAUCUUCAGGAUGAGGUAUUAUUUCCGGAAUUGGCACGGGAUGAACGGGCGGGAGCCGGCGGUGUUCCGGAACGUUCCGCGCCCGGGGGAUUGUCCCGAGGAAAAGGCGCCCGGAGCGGCCGUGCUGGACAGAGCCUCCUUCGAGUACCUCUUCGAGCAGGGAAAAUUCGAGUUCAUCCACGACGUGGUGUCCCUGCAGGAUUUCCGGAGCGAAUCCGAACUCCAGGGAUUCAAGAACGAGAGUUUGGGAAUGGCCGUGCUGCACCUGGCUCAGCUGGCGCUCCGCAGGGGCGUGUCCCUUCCGGAGGUGGCCCGCAAGUACAGUUUCACCGAGUGCAUCCCGCGUUCCUUCCGCCUCCACAUCCGCCAGCACAACUUCCUGACCCGCUUCCGCCUCAAGAACGUUUUCCGGCGUUUCCUCCGGCGUUUCCAGCGGCACACGGUGGCGGCCGGAAAACUGACGGAGCGGGAUGUGAUGUACAAGUACCUGGCCACGCUGGAACAGUUGGCUCCCGCCUUCGGAUGCGAGAUAUUCCCGGUUUUUUCCUUGGAAACGGCGGCCGAGGGUCAGGCGGAGCGGGAGAGGCAUCCCGAGAAUGGCGAGGUCACUCAUCAGCUCUUGGUCAGCGGAACCGGAGGUGUCCAGUGGCGGCCGGCGCCGGUGGAGAGCACGGAAAACUUUUCCCGCCGCGGAUAUUUUGGGAGGAAAUCCAGGAGGAAGGAGGAGGAGGAGGAGGAGGAGCGGAGCGAUCCCGGCUGGAGCCGGUUCUGCGAUUUCCGGGAAAUCACGCACGUGGUGGUGAAGGAUUCCAGGAUCAGCAUCCAUCGGCAGGAUAACGAGUGCCUGGAGGCGCUGCUCCCGUGCCGCGGCAGCGCGCUGGCGCUGGUGGCUCUGCUGGACGGUUAUUUCCGACUGACGGCCGACUCCAGCCAUUACCUGUGCCACGACGUGGCGCCGCCGCGCCUGCUCCUCAGCAUCCUCAACGGCAUCCACGGGCCCAUGCAUGAGGAUUUUGUUUUUGCCAAGCUCCGUCGGGAAGAGCCGGAGGAAGGGCUCUACAUCCUCCGCUGGAGCGUCCUGGAUUUCAACCGGAUCAUCCUCUCCGUGCUCAAGCGGAGCCACCAGCAGGCUCCCGGAACGCCGGGAGCCUUCAAGUACCGGCAGUUCCGGAUCCAGAGGAAAGGAGAUUCCUUCGUGCUGGAGGGUUGGGAUCGGGAAUUCCCGAGCCUGCGGGAACUCCUGGAUGUUCUCAAGGGUUGCACCCUCAAAUCCGGGCAGGAAAACUUCACGGUGAAGAGGUGCUGCCCGCCCAAGCCGGGAGAGAUCUCGGACCUGCUGAUUGUGAGGAGGGCGAAGGAGGACGGGAAGCAGAUCCUGAACCUCACCCAGCUCAGCUUCCACCAGAUCCGCAAGAACGAGAUUGUCCAGCGCUCCCACCUGGGCCAGGGCACCCGGACCAACAUCUACGAGGGGAUCCUGAGCGUCUGCGGGAAUUCCGGGAACGACGAGGAGGAUUUUUCCGCGGAGCAGAACAACAACAACGGGCGGGAGAUGCGGGUGGUGCUCAAAGUGCUGGAUCCCAGCCACAGGGACAUCGCCCUGGCGUUCUUUGAGAGCGCCAGCCUGAUGUCCCAGGUGUCCCACGUCCACCUGGCCUUCGUGCACGGCGUCUGCGUCCGCGGCUCCGAGAACAUCAUGGUGGAGGAGUUCGUGGAGCACGGGCCGCUGGACGUGCUGCUCCGCAAGGAGAAGGGCAGGAUCUCCGUGGGCUGGAAAAUCACCGUGGCCAAACAGCUGGGGAGCGCCUUGAGCUACCUGGAGGAUAAAAACCUGGUCCAUGGGAAUGUGUGUGCCAAGAAUAUCCUGCUGGCCAGGAAAGGGCUGGAGGACGGAUCCGUGCCCUUCGUGAAACUCAGCGAUCCCGGGGUCAGCUUCACCGUGCUCUCCCGGGAAGAGCGUGUGGACAGAAUUCCCUGGAUCGCUCCGGAAUGUAUCCGGGAUAUCGGGAACCUCAGCACGGCCUCGGAUAAAUGGAGUUUUGGGACAACUCUCCUGGAAAUCUGCUUCGAUGCCGAUGUCCCGCUGAAGGAGCGCACUCCCUCCGAGAAGGAGCGUUUUUAUGAGAAGAGGCAUCGGCUGCCGGAGCCUUCCUGCCGGGAAUUGGCCUCGCUGAUCUCCCGGUGCCACAACUACAGCCCCGGGGAGCGGCCGUCCUUCCGAGCCGUCCUGAGGGAGCUCACCCGGCUCCAGCCGCAGCACCUGGUGGACGUCUCGUCGGUGAAUCCUGAUUUCCCGGUGUCGGAUCCCACCGUCUUCCAGAAGCGGUACCUGAAGAAAAUCCGGGAGUUGGGAGAGGGUCAUUUUGGGAAGGUGAGCCUGUGCUGCUACGACCCCACCAACGACGGCACCGGGGAGAUGGUGGCGGUGAAAUCCCUAAAAUCUGGGAGCAGCCCCCAGCUCCAGAGCUCGUGGAAAAAGGAAAUCCAAAUCCUGAAGAAUUUAUACCACGAGAACAUCGUCAAGUACAAGGGGUGCUGCAGCGAGCAGGGGGAUAAGGUGGUGCAGCUGAUCAUGGAAUACGUCCCGCUCGGAAGCCUCCGGGAUUUCCUACCCAAACACACCCUGAGCCUCUCCCACCUCCUGCUCUUCGCCCAGCAGAUCUGUGAGGGCAUGGCCUACCUGCAUUCCCUGCACUACAUCCACCGGGAUCUGGCAGCCCGGAAUGUUCUCCUGGAAAACGAACACGUGGUGAAAAUCGGGGAUUUUGGGUUGGCCAAGGCCGUCCCCGAGGGUCACGAUUAUUACCGGGUACGCGAGGACGGCGACAGCCCCGUCUUCUGGUACGCCCCGGAAUGCCUCAAGGAAUGUAAAUUUUACUACGCCUCCGACGUUUGGUCCUUCGGGGUGACGCUCUACGAGCUCCUGACGCGCUGCGAGCCCGGCUGCAGCCCCCCGGCC